CAGCGUACAUGAUAAAUAACACUCCGAUUGAAAGACGUGAAGUCAUUGUUGAAUGUGGGAUUAACAAUUUCAAGCAAAGAUUCAAUUUUGCACUGUGGCAUAUUUUGAAGAAAACUGGUAUAUCUAUAAUGUCACACGAACGUAAGCAAAUACAAAUACCAAGUGCGGCAGAGCAACCACAUCCAUCUACCAGUUUGAUUUCAGAAGACGGAUCUGAUAGCCAAAAUGAAAAUUCAGCAUCUUGUACAGGAAAGUCAAAGAACGAGAAGAGGUCGGACUAUUUAAACUGGGAAGAGUAUUUCAUGGGUAUAGCCCUGAUAACAGCACAAAGGAGCAAAGAUCCAAAUAGACAGGUGGGUUCGUGUAUAGUAAAUGCAGAAAAGCGCAUUGUCGGCACUGGUUAUAAUGGUAUGCCAAAUGGAUGUAGCGAUGACGAUUUGCCAUGGGGAAAGAAUUCUUCAGACAAAUUAGAAAAUAAGGAGUAUUAUGUUUGCCAUUCCGAAAUGAAUGCAAUCGUAAACAAAAUGUCUUCAGAUAUCCGUGGCUCUACUAUCUAUGUUACAUAUUUCCCUUGUAAUGAGUGUGCCAAACUUAUGAUACAGGCGGGAAUAAAAUCCGUGGUAUACUAUGAAGACAACGAUAAAGAAGAGACAAAAGCUGCAAAAAUAAUAUUAGGAAAAGCGAAGAUAGAAUUCAGGCCAUAUAAACCUACGAAUCAAAUUCUGCAGAUCAACUUAUAAAACGUCACAAAACAGAACCCAUUUCUUCUAAUAACGUUGUGCAUCUAAUAGAAGAGAAAAUUUAUUUCCGACUUCUCAGGCGCAAAUCUGGAAAUAUCCUGGCACUUUUUUGCGGAUAGAAAAUAUGUUGAUAUUUACUUACUUAUAUGUACAGGCUGAUUCCUUUUAAGAGAUACAUUACAGAAUGACUUUCAUUUACUUAUUGAUAAAAGGAGAUUUGGUUUGAAUUAACCCUUAGCCUGCUGCAGGCGAAUUUAACAGCCUUUGCAAACAGCUUGGAACCAGAUCAGACGCCGAUUAAAUCGGCGUCUGAUCAGGUUCCAAGCUGUUUGCUACUCUGACAAUAUUUCUUCCAAUUUUGGAGCAAAUUGAAUGAACUUUACAAUUUUAGUAGACGACAUUUCCAGCAGACAACAAUUUAUCUAGCAUGCUUAAGGUUAAUAUUGUAUAUCAAGUACAUUUAUUCAUAAGCGAGGAUAAAUUUAUCAGUAAUUCAACUAAGAAAGAAUGCAUUAUUUCUUAAAUUUCCCCAAAAGGGUUGUCAGAUUGUUCGGACAUUUGAUUAACAGUAAGAGUAAAACAAGGCUUUACUAAAAAUGUAUUAGUGUUCUCACGUUUACAGCAUAACAUUUCUAGACUGUCAAAGUUAAUGUUAUAAAAUACUGUGAAAAUGAUCACUUACAAUAUGAUGAAAAUGUAUACACGUGAAAGUAAGAGAAUGUUUAAAUUAACAUGUCUUGUGAAAUAAAUGCCCAUUUUCAUUCAAAAAACCA